AUGGCUGGUGAUGGAGUUUCCAGAUCUGUGGCGAUGGAGCUUAGGGAGAUCGACAAGGGUUGGCCGUCGCGACUGUCUGCAGAGGGAGACUCGUUUACAACAUGGCUAAAAGGGGUUAUGGCAGUCUUGACGGAGGAGCAGAUCCGGUUAAUGGUAGCAGUAUUAUAUUAUAUUUGGAGAACCCGGAAUUCAGCUGUCUGGAAGGGAUCAAUGAUGCGGCCUACCCAGUUGGUCAGAGCAGCCACCUUAGCACUGCAGGCGUACAGCACUGCUCAUGUUGGCCGAACCAACCCGACACCGGCGACGGACCACGUGAAUGGUCCAGGAGGGGGUGGUCUACGAUGUUAUGUGGACGCGGGUUUCCGGCACGACACGGGCGAGGCUACUUACGGUAUGGUAAUUAUAGCGCCAGAUGGCUCGUUUGUGGCAGCAAGGAAUGGCAAGUUACCAGUUUGUUUUUCACCACUUAUGGCGGAGGCUCAGGCAUACAAGGAGGCUUUGUCCUGGCUACUUGAACGGGACACCACAUCAGCAGGUUAA